CCUCAGACACUUAACUGUGUGACUCUGGCUUUGUGAAACAACUAGAGACCAUUUGAGUGUGAAAUUGUAUGGGACAGACUAUAAGCACAAGAGGAGAGAUUAGAGGAAGGAAGAUCAGUGUGGUUUAGAAGAGCUGAAGAAGGCCGCUGCAGAGGUGCAAUGGAAGUAUAGAGGAUUGAUAAUGAACCAAGCAUGAACCCUACUUCCCACCUCCUGACCAAGACGUGAUGGACUCAAGAUGCAGAAGGCGAUACAUGUUUUUGGACAUGGCCAAAUGCGUGGGAUUCUGGAAGAACUGCAAGAUAAACAUCCAUUCUUCAAGUGUAUUCUGCAUAACCAAAGUUCUGGCUAACAGGGUAAGCCGAUCCAGUCACCAUGAGUUGGAGCUUCCUGACUCGACUAUUAGAGGAGAUCCACAACCAUUCCACGUUUGUGGGGAAGAUUUGGCUCACCAUAUUGAUAGUCUUCCGGAUCGUACUCACUGCUGUGGGUGGGGAAUCCAUCUAUUACGACGAGCAAAGCAAAUUUGUGUGCAACACAGAGCAGCCGGGCUGCGAGAACGUCUGCUAUGAUGCUUUUGCCCCUCUGUCCCACGUCCGCUUUUGGGUGUUCCAGAUCAUCCUUGUGGCCACCCCAUCUGUGAUGUAUCUGGGCUAUGCCAUUCACAAGAUUGCCAAGAUGGAGCACGGAGAGGCAGACAAGAAGGCAGGGCGGAGCAAGCCCUACGCAAUGCGCUGGAAGCAGCACAGGGGCCUGGAAGAAACCGAGGAGGACCAUGAGGAAGACCCCAUGAUGUACCCAGAGAUGGAAUUAGAAAGUGAAAAAGAGAACAAGGAGCAGAGUCAGCCUAAACCCAAGCACGAUGGCCGGCGGCGGAUUCGGGAAGAUGGGCUCAUGAAAAUUUACGUGCUGCAGUUGCUAGCAAGGACCUUGUUUGAGGUGGGUUUCCUGGUGGGGCAGUAUCUUCUGUAUGGCUUCCAGGUCCGCCCAUUUUAUGUGUGCAGCAGAGUCCCCUGCCCUCAUAAAAUAGACUGCUUCAUUUCUAGGCCCACUGAAAAGACCAUCUUCCUGCUGAUAAUGUAUGGUGUGACGGGCCUCUGUCUGAUCCUCAACAUCUGGGAAAUGCUCCACUUGGGCUUUGGGACUAUACGGGACUCACUAAAUAGCAAAAGGAGAGAACUGGAAGAUUCAGGUGCUUAUAAUUAUCCUUUCACUUGGAAUACUCCGUCUGCUCCGCCCGGCUAUAACAUCGUGGUCAAACCGGAUCAAAUCCAGUACACCGAACUGUCCAAUGCCAAGAUUGCCUACAAGCAGAACAAGGCCAACAUCGCUCAGGAGCAGCAGUACGGAAGCAACGAGGAGAACCUCCCCGCAGACCUGGAGAUGCUGCAGCGAGAAAUCAAGGUGGCCCAGGAGCGCCUGGACCUCGCCAUCCAGGCCUACAACCACCAGAACAGCCGCCAUGGCCCUCGGGAAAAGAAGUCCAAAGCCAGCUCCAACAAAAGCAGUGCCAGUAGCAAAUCCGGGGAUGGGAAGAACUCUGUCUGGAUCUGAUCUUGGCCAGGCCCAUAACUGGUGCUUCUCCUCGUUAGGGUAAGCAGCAAGCGGCUCACUGAAUAAUGACUUCCAUUGAGUAAACAUUUGGCUCUGGUUAUCUUCAGGGAGGUUUAGCAUUGGCCAGUGAUCCGAGCUCAGGGGACUUGGGGCCGGGAGGGGGAGACUGGGGAGUGGAAGAGAAGGGAAACAGAGCGUUCCCGGGCACAUGUUCUCAGCAAUAACACGGUUACGGAACUUUACCCUUGUGUCUUCCAGAUCUGGAAAAGAACAGAUAUAUUUAAAUCAUUCUUGUUGAACAGUUUUUUAUGUACAGUAUUAUGGUACAUUUUUAGUAUGCUAAUUUUCUUUUGUAUUUGUACAUUUGACCUCUGCAGUUAUACUUUUAUAUUAAAGGAAAAAAAACUGUAAUAGAUAACGCCUAGCAUUUGGCUAGUGUUAUUAUUACUUUGGCCAGCAGACUUUUGCCGUGUGUUUAAAGUUAUAAUAGAUGCAAUUCUUAAUAAAAGUGCCUCAUGCUGUAGGGAGGACUUCAGUUACAGAGGGAGACCAAGAAGGAGCCCUGAGUUUGGAGAUUUGAAAAGAAAACCCUGUAGCAACUUGGGCCAAAUUCCUUCACUCUUCCCCAACAGAGACAAGCUCCUAUUGGUCUUAUCCGGAUACUCAAAACUGCCUCUUGUACAGAUGUGCCCAUCUGAAACAAACAUGCUAGGUGAAAAGCCUGAGUUACAAGAAAUGAAGUAAAGUAGUGGGGGGCAGGGAGUGCUACACUCUAUGAAAAGAUUUGAUGGAGUUAGUGAGCUUGGCUAAUGCCAAUAGCAUGUCAUCCAAUUUCUUUUUCAAAUCACCCAGCUUUUUUUUUUUUAAGCCCAACAUCUGUUGCACAAAGGGAGGCAUGCCUACCUCUGGAUAGCAUGGCUUCCCUGGGAGUGUCUACUUACCUUGUCAGAAAGCAAAGUCACACCUGAAGAAUGGGCUGUGAAAGCAGGGAGAGAAAUUAUUCCUUGCUUGGAUUGCCUUCAGUCUCCCUCCUGUAACCUGACUGUCCUCUCACGAAGCCUGUAAUAAACAGUUCCAUUUUUAUAUAUUAGCAGGAAGUAUACAAACAGCCUUGCUUGUAUGAAUAAUACUUAGAGCUACUCAGGCUGCAAAAGACCAGCGAGCCUGGAGUCCACGUUCCAUGGAUUCUAACUGUCCGCUGGCCAGGUGGGGAGAGUGACAUGCCAGGAUGGGUUUUCUGGCCAGAAAACCCAUCCAGGCUGAUACUGUGGAUAUUUUGGCAAAUAAUUGGCGUUUGUAAAUGCAAAAGGGAAGAAUUUUCUGUGUUUACAGCCUGUGGUACUGUUUUUUGGUAAGAAGAGGCAGUCCUAUUUGUAAGAUACUGAUAAUUUAUGUGCAUUUUUAGCCUUGAGGGGGCAGUGAUCUUAGCACUGGGUCAUGUCAAAAUGUUUGGCCUGCUGGUAUUUUCACGUUGUUUGUCUUAGGGUGUAUAACCUUUUUUUUUUUUUUAAUUACCUGGUAGUGAAAGGAAAACAAAGGGACUUUUACUCUAGUGGAUCAUUUCCAGAGAUGUCUGUUGGGUCCUCACCUACAGGCCCCAAGUUCUCCAAAGCUCAGUUUCCUUAUAUGUAACUCCUAAGACCUGCCAGCUGCCUGUCAUUUGGUGAAGUCCGAGAAGCAAGCCCUCUUUUUUUUUUUAACUGGGUUUUUGUUUCUCUCCAUUGCAGUCCAAAACAUAUCAUAACAUGUGAAUUACCUUCUAGCCAUUCAUGUUCACUUUUGGUGCAUUUUUUUUCUGCUUAGCAAAGAAGAGCGUCCUCUGGGUCCUCCAGGCAUCUUAAACCAAAAAUAAAACCAAGUAGGACAAAAGGAGAAUAUUCCGGAAAUGUAAUCUAUAGAUAUAUCACAUAUAACUAACAUAAACUUGCUGUUUCCUUAGAAGCAAAAGCUUAAGAAGGAAAUUUAUCAUCAUUCACUUUAAGAAAAUACGCAAGAUUUGAGCUUCCCAAGACUAGCCAGGGAAGGAUUACCUCUAAUUAAUUCAUCUGUCACUAACCUUAAGGCAUGGUAGAGCUCCACAUAGCUCUCUUCCUUGGAGAAGGAGGAAUUUUGGAAAAAGCCUAGAGAAGAGCAGAAUGGCUAAGCCAAGGGAAAAUAUCAGUCAGGGAAGAAAGGGCGUACGUUGUCAAGAACCCGGCAAAGACGUUUGAGGCCUGGAGUGCUCAUUAUGUACCCAUCCUGCCCCUGGUUCUUCUCUGUUUUGUCAAGAACUGUUCUCUCUUUUGAAUUUCCUCGUUGAUGACUUUGUGGAUGACUCUGAACAUCUUAGAUGGAAACAGUAAUGGUUUAAAAAAUAACUACUGCUCACUGUCUCCUCCCUCCACCUCUGUGUGUGAGAUGAAUUUCCUGAUGGUUGGUACCCAGUUUCUCAGUAGGCUUUCUUUCAGCCUUUGCUUGUGUGAAGGGUCCGAACCAUUCCAAUAAUUCAGUGUUUCUAGGAGCCUACCUGUAUGUCCUGGGCAGUCCCAGCUGCCUCAGAUUGACAAAAAGAUCACAGGACUCAGCCCCACUUAACCCACUAAACAUUGGACCACCAACGGUGAUUCCCACCCAAAAAAAGUAUAUAGAAUUAAAGGCACUUGUCACUCAGUUUACUUGUUAACUUUAAUGUGGAGCCUGGUUGCAGUUUUUCUUAGCUUGUUAAGGAUUCCAGACUCACCUCUACUGCUCAGACAGGCCAUUCUGGUUGUUUUUUCGUAUUGUUGGAGAACUUCAGGAUUUGACUAUUUACAAAACCUGCUCCAUCCUUCCGUGGAAUGCUUCCCUAAUGGAAGGGUGGAGUGGUAGAGUGGAGGACUUAGGUCUUUGAAGCAUGGUUGCAUUUAUUCUAGUGCAGCAUUCACCUUGUUUGGACAUCAGUGUAAAUGUAAUGGGGAAGAGACUCAUCAGAGAAAUAACAUUUAAGAAGCCUUUUUCUUGGGUGAGUCUUGAAGGAAAAAAGCUAACAUGAGAAAAAUCAGACAUUUCCCAUGAAUUAGAUGCUAAUUUUUUUAAUUCUGUUUUAUUUUAUUGCCUUAUAAGGUUUAAGGGUCUUACGUGGUUCUCUAGUCAUUAUUCAUUCAGCAACCAUCAGAUCUUGGAAGCCACUGUUUCCUUGACUGUGGAAUUACACUCAGUGAUAAGAAACUUUACCUCCGAAGGUGUUUCUUACAGUUGGAGUGAACAAGAGCGAUCAGUGACUAUAUUUUCCCCAAAGGCUUUGGGUGUAUUGAGGAAACUAUUUUUGUAUUUCUCUUUUACCUACCUCCACUAUCUUUGUGCCCUCCCCCUAUAUCUGUCUGAAGGAGGGGGUAAAAGAGUGUGAUUUGUUAGCUAAAACCCUAGCCUGGGACCUGUGGCUCCCAUUCUAACAUCACAUUCCUCGUCUUUCUCGUUUCUUCAUGUUGUAACCUUGGGCACAUCGUUUUGUUCCUUUGUCCAAGCUCCAGGAAUAUUCUCUGUGAAACAGGGGUAAAAUAGCUGUCUCUCACCUACCUCACAGGGAUGUUGUAAGGGUUGGUCUCACCAGAGCUCCUGGAGAACUUUAAAUGACACCAUUAUUUUGCCAUCUGUCUGAGUCUGGAAUUUGAACUGUAAGAUACAAAUGCAGUUGAAAGAAUUGGUUAAUGAUAACAAAAUGUCUCUCCAGUACCACAGGUAACAGUACUCAACAGCCUGGGAAACCUAAUUAACCCAAGCAGUGUUUUCUGAGAAAGGGUUUACUAAGAAGCAGCAUUCUACCUGAGCACACCCACCAGGUGCUGGAAUUUCCACCCCUUGUGCUCUCUGCAUUACAUUCUGAUGCCACCCCUUUCUAAGAACAAACAGGUGGGGGAGGGGAGUGCUGGCAGCUAACUUUCAAUAAAAAGCCAAGUAUUUUAGACUUCACCUUCCCCUUUGGAAGGACUUUUGGUAAGACUAAUGAUUUAAUUACCUGACGGUAAUGAUUCAGGGCUCUUGGCAGCUGUGAGUGAUAGGUAUGAAGCAUUAGAUAUAGAGGGAUUUUUCUUCACCUGUUCAGUAUCCCAUGUGGUCUGGGGCUACAUUUAUGCUCAGUUAAAAUGACCCAUGACCGCUUUGCUUUCAGGAAGCAGACCUCAUAUGUUGGUGGAAUCCUGACUUUUGUGGGAGAUGAGCUGAACUUGGCAGUGUCUUUUAUUUUACCCCUUUUUAAUCAUGUAUUCCCAUGAGAAAAUUCUUCCCCUUCAAAAAAAAAAAGUAGAGCCUGGUAAGAGGGAUAUAAUGGAAUAUAAUGUAAAGUUCUGAAAGUUUGGCAAUCCCAGUUCAUUCAUGCCAGUAAUGUCUUAAUUUACUGGCCGUAUCAAAUUUUGGAAUCAUCAAGCUGAGUGAGUGUGCUUGCCAUUCAUUCUGUCUGCACAUCUUGGAGACCUUAAAAUGUUGUAAUUUGCUACUGCCCAGACAUAGCUCUUUCUCCUUUGUUGUGCGAAAUGGCUUUCAUUCGUGCACGUUCCAUGUUCACAGGUAAUAAUCACUCCUUGAAGGAGCAAAACUAUAUAUAGUGUUGCAGAAUUCAAGCAGCCAAAGGAAAUUGUUUUCAACUCCAGUCCAGAAUCCCUACAGGAAAAAAAAUAAAGUUAUAUUUUUUCAGGAUGAGGCUGCUUGCUUUGGUUGAGUAAGGGCCAUGGGCCGUGUCUGCUUGUAUACUUCCGAGAAGAUUGGAAAUCUUUUCCCCUGUUGUACUCAGUCAUGUUUUCUGUAACAAGCCUUUCAUGGAAGUCUCUACCUCAGGCACUAAUUAUUUAUAGUUGUACUUAGUAAAUGAAUAUUGAACCAAAUUAGCUGGGAUUUCCAACUUCCUAGGGCAAUUCAAACAGAAAACCCAAUUAAGUUAACCAGUGACCUAAUGUUAUUUAGUGUACGGAAAAUUGGAAAGUGCAUGAAUAGCCGGGGAACUAAACAUUCCAGUACCAAAGAUCACACAUUUCUGAUUUUAUUCUCUCUGUGGUUAAUGUAAAGCUUUAUGGCAGAGGCAAACCCUGUGUCCAGGGAUUCGUCUCCAGUAAGGUUUUGUUUUUGAAAGAAUGUUUUGUCCGUUCCAAAUACAGUUUAGAAGAUUCA